AUUGGCAUGGGCGGAUUCAAAACUGCGCAUGCCGGAUGGUUGACAUUGAUGUUGCCUCCUACCUCAGGUCUUGGGUCCAGGGCACGCCAUGACAUUGUUGUGAAACGUCCAUUCCAGAAGGUAUAUCCUAAAGGCAUGCCGGCCAAUAUGGAGUUCAAAAUUGGACGCUUUGCGCCCAAGGAUGAGUCGGCCAAAUUAUUUAGGGAGGCAAACGUCCUAUACUGGGCUAAGGCUCUGUUGGGUCUCGUCUACGACUUUAUUGAC